GCUACUGCCAUAAUUAUUCAUAAUGGUUUCGGCAUUUGCAAGGCCGGCUUCGCUGGAGAUGAUGGUCCUCGUACUGUUUUCCCUUCUGUAAGCAAAAUUAAUCCGAUAAUGUUGUGAAGCUCUGUGGAUGAGCUACCAUAUCCUCGGUGUUCCCCGUCACAAGGUUACCAUGGCCGGCAUGGGGACAGGAGGACACCUAUGUCGGAAAUGAGGGUCAAAAGAAAUGUGGUUUGCUCACAUUGAAGCACCCUAUUGAGCAUGGUAUUAUUGACUGGGAUGAUAUGGAGAAGAUUUGGCACCAUACCUUCUACAAUGAACUCCGUGUUGACCCUGAGAAACACCCUGUUCUCUUGACCCGAGGCUCCUCUCAAUCUCAAGCCUAACCGUGAAAAGAUGGCUCAGAUUAUGUUCGAAAUCUUUAAGGUCCCUGGCUUCUAUCCCUCCAAUCAGGCUGCCUUGUCAUUGUAUGCUUCAGGUCAUACCACUGGUGUUGUCCUCGACUCUGGUCAUAAUACCACUCAUGUUGUCCCAAUUUAUGAAGGCUAUACUCUUCCCUUUGCCACUCAACGUCUCAACCUUGCUGGCCGUGACUUGAGUGGUUACCUCAUGAAGCUCCUCGUGGAGCGUGGUUACUCUUUCUCUACCUUUGCUGAGCGUGAGAUUGUCCGUGACAUCAAGGAGAAGCUCUGCUAUGUUGCCUUGGACUAUGAACAAGAGAUACAGACCGCUGCUUCAUCAUCAGCUCUUGACAAGACAUAUGAGCUUCCUGAUGGCCAUCUCGUUACCCUCACAAGCGAAUGUUUCCGUACUCCUGAAGCACUCUUUCAGCCAUCACUUUUUGGACAUGAAGGUGAUGGUAUCCACGUGGCCAUCUCCAAGUCUAUCAUGGCUUCAGAUAUUGGUAUCCGUCGUGAAUUGUACGGAAACGUUGUUCUGUCUGGCGGUACCACCAUGUACUCUAACCUUGGUGACCGUAUCCAGAACGAGCUCGCUAAGCUUGCACCUAGCUCCGUGCAGCUCAAAGUCAUUGCUCCUCCAGAACGCAAGUAUUCUGCCUGGAUCGGAGGCUCCAAUCUAGCUUCACUCUCAACCUUCCAAGGGAUGUGGAUCUCUAUAAACGAGUACAAUGAGGAUGGUCCUUCAAUUGUUCACCAUAAAUGCUUCUAGCGCCCAACUAACGUGAAAAGGUCGAAAAAUAUAGAAACUCUCUUUGAUAAAACGCUCACUCAUAUCAGAAUAGCAAGAGGUAGUGAUUUUAUCACACAAAGUAGAUGUAAGAGAAAUAAAAAUGUUUGGUGC